UUUCUUACGAACCAAUUGUCUUUAAGGACAAUUUUCAUUUGUAGGGAAUGAAUGUAACUAGAAUUCUUAAAGUAACUGAAUGAAAUUAGGAAGAUCAAUCUUUAAUUUAAACUAAACUUGAACCCAUUUGCUCCAAUAAUAGCAAAGUUAUCUACAAUUGAAACUUGACGAUAAUUUUUCAGCAGAAUUUAAUCUUGAGAAUUGGGCUUAUUUUCAUUCAUUCAUGAGCUUCGUCCCUUAGGAGUCGAUUUAGGUAAAAUUGUAAAGGGAACUAAAUUACAGUAGGGUCUUUAAGCUUGAAUUUAAGGCGGGGACGAAGUACAUCGAUUCCUUAUUAAUAAAGUUAAUAACAAUCGAAGUGAAACGAUAGCUUGCGUUAGAAUACUAUCUUGAGAUUUCGGUUACGAAAAAUCAAACGCCAACGGCCGCUCUUUUAUUAUCAUCCAACCAUGGACCCGUAUGACGAUAUCCAAUGGCUCCGCUACGAAGGUGUCAGUGGCGUCCUAAUCACGGCCGUCUCCAAAGGGAAUCUAACCGCAGUACAAGAAUUCUUAGCAAAUCAUAUACCAUAUCAACAAAAGGAUUGGAGACCAGGCUAUUCCUUAGCACGCCUCGCCCUCGCGAUGCAGCACACAAACAUCGUCAAAGUACUUCUAACGAAUCUCUUGGAAAUCUACAGUCAACAACGACUAUCUACCACCGAUCUACUCCACCUCGCUUCCAUACGAGGUGACGAGCAAAUGAUCAAUCUUCUCAUCACCGAAGGUGUCCACAUGGAUGCGACGGACGAUCUUGGCCGUACGGCUCUCCAACACGCAGUCAUCAAUAACAACCUAGAAAGCACUCGCUUGCUCCUAUCCCUCGGAGCCAACAUCGACAUCAAAGGCAACGACGGCUACACAGCAAUCCACCAUUCAAUUAUACAAAACAAUUCCGAAAUCAUUGGAAUUCUGCUAAAACACAAAAUUAACGUUGUUAACGACGAAAACGAUCUUAGCGACGCCAUGGAAAAACUCCAUUCUGUUACUUUCGAAGAAAUCUUAGAAUCUGAAUAUUUCCAUAAUAAAAACAAAUUAAACAGUCUUAAAGAUGCGGUGUGCGGCCACGAGCCAAUUUGCGAAUUCAUCGUCGCGUCGUUUUCGAAACACGGCGUGAUCCUCAAUCCCGAAGACUCGAAAAAUCCUCAGUUACUUAUAACUUCGAUUCAAAAAGGGUAUUUAAAAGUCGUCGAAGAAUUAUUGAAAUUCGGCGCUGAUGUCAAUAAACUAUACCAAAGUCCAGUGAAUUAUAAAAGUGAAGUUCUAAUGAAUUAUAAAAGAACGACGCUAUUACACGUUGCUGUGUCAUCAAGACAAUUAGAAAUAGUAAGACUUUUAAUCAAUUAUCGAGCAAAUGUGAAUGCGAAAGAUUCUAUGAAGGAGACGCCGUUAUUUAAAGCUGUUCGCAAUAACGACGUUGAAAUUUUGAAACUGCUUUUGGCUCAUUACGUUAAAACAGGCGAUGAGCAUGAACUAUUGCGUAUAGCGUUCAAAAACGAGUGUAAACGAAUGAUCGAACUCCUUUCGAGAUAUAUCGAUAUUAAUUGCAAGGACGAAAGUGGUAGAACGCUUUUACAUUUAUGCGUCAGUUCUUAUGAAAGUAACUUUGAUAUGUUUAGAUUUCUGCUUGGUGAGGGCGCGAAUGUUAAUGCAAAGACCGUGGAAGGUGUAACACCUCUUCACAAAGCUGUUUUCUUUCGACAUAUAAGCGAAGUCGAUGUUCUGUUGAAAUGUAAUGCUGAUGUUAACGCGAAGGAUAAUGAAGGCGCGACGCCGCUGCAUGACUGUGUGACGAAUGGGGAUGUUGAUAUUUGCCGGUUACUGAUUAAGGAAGGUGCGAAUGUUAAUAGUACGAAUAAUAAGGGAGCGACGCCGCUUCAUCUCGCUGCUACUGAAGGACGUUUAGAUAUCCUGGAGGUUCUGCUGUCUGAGGGGGCUGAUAUUCAUUGCAGAGAUUUAGACGGAAAAACUGCGCUUCAUAGGGCUGUGGCGAGCGAGGAUAUAAAUGUGGUGAAGUUUCUAGUUGAUCAUAAUGCCGAUGUUAACUCGAGGAUUAUCGGUGGAUGAUCUGUUGUAUUCUUUUUUAUGAGCGGUUCUUUUUAGGUUAAGAUGUCGUAAUGUAAUAAUCAAUUUAUUACGAGGUACUGAAAUUUUAUUCUACAUUAUCUAUAGAUUAAUAUUUUACAGGAUAAUAUCUGUUUUCUGAAUUUCCUUUAACAUGUCGCUAUUAUUGCAGCUUCCUUCGAUUUCGUGCCAAUUUCCUAUAUUUCCCACCCGGCCAGGGUGGACCGGAAAUCGUAAUAUAACAGGGCAGGGGAUGAUUUUACGUUAAAAAAGAAGAAAACAUUUUGGUAUAACAUUUUUUCAUCCGGAGCUCCGUUUUCGUGAAAAUCGGCUCCAAAGUUUAUUCAACUUGUAAAGGAUUUAGUACAAUUUGCUUGUCGUGCAUUCCACUGCUCCAGUUGUCUCUGUCUGGGACAGUGUUUACAAACAUUGACAACGAUGCAAAAGCGUUUACACAGUUAGGUUUACAAUAAGAGUCAUAGUUUAUCAUUAGAAACAGGAACGUUGCCAUCUUAUGGUAUAAUAUUUAUGUACGACAAAGUUCCGUUUUAAAUACUUUCUGCUUGAUUGCUUUUGUGAUGACUGAGUUCGCUUCUUGUAUAAUCAAUAGUGCCACAAGAGUAUUUAAAUGCAAUGUAGGAGAUUUCUCUCCUUGCAAAACCGUAAUUGCCUUCUGGAAAGGUGUAAAAAAUUGUAUUAAAAUCUCCUCUUCUUAUAACGUUGUUCGUUUCUUCUCAUUGACCUUCGUCUGAUUAAGUCAUGACUAAGCUAUGGUAAGAUAUUCCAAUCGGGAGUAUGUUGAUAUGUUGGUUACUUUGAGAACUUGCAAUGGUAAUCCCACUGCUACAAGUAUAAAUCGUUUACAAGUUGAACAAACUUUGACGUCGAUUUUCACGAAAACGGGGCUCCGGAUUCAGAUGAAAAAAUGUUAUACCAAAAUAUUUUCUUCUUUUUCAAUGUAGAAUCAUCCUCUGCCCGGUUGUACUACAAUUUCCGGCCCAUCCAAUAUUAUAAUUAAGAUCAAGUACGUUCGGGUAAAUAUAGUAGUACAAUAUAAUUAACCGCGUCCCUUGAUUUACUUUUUAAAAAAUCGGAUUUAUCGGAGGUUAUUCCAUAAUAAUUUCACAUGGGUUUCUAUCCUUAGGUUUAUAUUACUAUACCUUGAACAUUGAAUCAUAAAACACACCGAUAUAAAAUCCUAAAGUUAUCCAAAAAUUUUGCGGUCCACAACUAUCGCACUCACGUACAUUUUUCUGAAUUCGUACGUUGGUUAGCAACGGUACCACGACCAUUGAUUUAAAUCCCUAAUAUAAACAAUGAAAUGAGCCUCUUCGACGAAGUUUCUCAUUGUCAGUCAUUCAUCAAAAUCAAAAUGCUCUUUUUGUGAAAUUCUAGUGAAUUUUCAAAUCUAUCUCUGUAUUAACAACAUCUUUUUAAAUAAAACAUGUUUUAAACUGAAAA